AUGCAGGAACCCGAUGUUAACGGAUUCGUAAAUAUUCAAUGGCCAAGCAAAAAUGUGCCUCAUGGCGGUAUUUUUCACCCGAAAAGAGCAGAAUUGUCGGAAAAACAGCAAAAUUUUCUCAAAGUAUUAUUGGAAGAAUCACGGCUUACACUUGCGCAACGUAAAAAAUCUGGAUUUAAAUUGCGAGAGGAAACGCAGCCAGCGCGCACGCCCAGUGAGGCGCAGAUAUUUCACUACAACGUACCUAAAGUGCGCCCGCGCACCUCCAAGCGUCGAUCACUUUCUGCUAUUAGGGCUUCAGGAAUAUAUGAGACUGAUGAAUACAGACCCUUGAAACGUGGAGAGGAUCGAGAGAAACUUAAAGACAAGCUAGCCAAUGCAAUGGCAUACAAUGGCAGUGAAGACUUGAAUGUGCCAGUGCCUCCUGUGCGACUUUUGAAGCCUGAACCAAAACUUCCUACCAAAAAGGACUUAUGGCAUGACCUUAUAUCUCAAAUCCGCGAACGAGCGGAAUGGAUAGCAGAAAUGGAAGAUCUUGGUCACGCGGCACCUCAUCGCGAAAUCAUAAGGGAACAAAUUGCGGAACGGGUAAGAGCUCUUGACGCUCUGGGGGUUGACAGCGAAUGUGGUUCAGUGAAAUCUGGAUUUAGCACACUUAGAAGUAGAGAGGAGGUUGACGAUACUGUUAGGUCAAAAGAUAGUGCAAAGUCCGGCAAAAGCACCAAGUCUAAAGCAAGCGUCGGGAUGAGUAAUGGCAGUACUAAAUCGGAUCACUCUCGUCGUUCGACCGAUUCGCAAAGAAAAGCAAAAAGUUCUAUAAGGAGCCGCAUAAAGAAAGAAGAUGAGAAUGUUGCUGCUUAUGAUCAUCUGUCGCCGUUACAACAUUCGCCAAGACGCAGAGUGUAAGGGCUCAUUCAGAGUGCAGGUGCGGGCGCGGUGGUCUUGGCGUCUUCCCUUUCACAGUGCGGAAGCGGCUACAUCCACACGUCGAAAUCGCAAAAAGGCGCUACACGCUAGACCAAGCACUGUAAAAGGUACGUGCUCACAGAGCCAAUAGAUCUACCCGCACGGGUAGAUAGAUAGAGAUCUAACUGCCUCGACCUAGGCGUCGGCGUGCGCGGCCUCUGUGAACGCAACGGUGUCUUCGUAUAUUUGAUUUAGGUACACGCACCCGCGCCCGCCGCCACUCUGAAUAAGGCCUAAGUUAUGACAAAUAAGAAUAGUUAAUGUCAUUGGUACUGCAAACAUUAAUGGGCUUUACACACAUACUAGCGCGCGUGUACGACGUUGGAAGGAAAAGGGAAAGAGCGCGCGAUAUCGCUCAUCAGUCGCGCGCGCAAUCGCGCACUUUAACACGCCAGUUUCACGCGGUCUAUCCUGCGGUAUU